UAAAUGAAUGUAUAAAAUUAAUUAUUGAUUCAAAAAUUAAUGACAGUAAAUCACCACGUGUAUUACUACUAAGUUCACCAAUACAUGAACAAACAAAGCUAGCAUCAUUGUCAUCAACAGUGCAAAUAAAUAAUAAUACUAAUAAUACUAAUACUACUAAUACUAGAAGAAUAUCACAAGGUUCACAAAAUUUUACACUUGAAGAUGUUGAAAGAGUUGUACAAAAUGCACUUGAUACAAAAUUACAAAGAAUUGUUAAUGCAUUUCAAAGUACAAUUGAUUCAUUAAAAUCAAUGUCAAAUUCAUUGAAUAUUAAAAUAACAAAUAAUGAAGAAACAGUUACACAAAUUAAAAAUAAAGUACAAAAUUUGGAAAAUGAAUUUAAAUCAGCAACUGUUAAACUUGUUAAAGAAAAUAAUAAUACUGAUACAACAAAUAAAAUGCAAACAGUUAUGUUGAAUAAUCAACAAGGUACACCAGAACAAUUGAAUAAAAAAAAAAAAUUAUUUAUAAUAUCAAGACCAAAAGCAAUCAUUGAUUCAUCUGGUAAAAAAAAAGUUUAUCAACAAGUUCAAGAUGUACAAUCUAUUGAAGGUAAUAUAUCAACAUCAAAACUUAAAAAAAUUUGCAGACUUCAAAGUACAUCACCAGGUAAAUCAACUGAAACGUCAAUUGAUAAUGUCAAUAAUAAAAAUAAAACAGCAACAACACCAACAACACCAACAUCUACCCAGCGUCAAAUGACAGUUAUUGGUCAAUUUUUAAAAUUGUCAAAAUUUCCAACUGCUCAAAGUACACCAAUUGGUAAUGUCAUUAAAGUAUCUGAUCCAGCUUUACCACGAUCAAUUAUCAAUAAAGUUGAAUAAUCAUAAGUUUAAAUUAUCUACGAAAGAAAAAAAAAAUCAAGACAAACAAGACUAUAAAGAAAAAUAUUAUUU